AUGACGCUAUUAGAGGCAAUGUUUCUAGUGCUGCUCCCACCCACUCUUUGCAAGACACAUAUUGCUGAAUGUACUGCCAGUGAUCCACUCCCUAUACUUCACAAGUAUUACCAAGAAGGUGGUGCUAUAAUUGGGUCAAUUGGUUCUCAUAUCUAUCUCCCUUCAGAAAUUAUGUCCUUCAAGGACCAGCCUAAUUUCACAUCAUAUAGCAUUCCCUUUGUACUGACUAAGAACUAUCAGCAUAUCUUGGCCUUGGUGUUUGCUGUGACAGAAAUCAAUGCAAAUCACCAGCUCUUGUCCAACAUCACUCUGGGCUUCAACAUCUAUGAAAGCUAUUACAAUGCAAGGUGGACAUAUCAUGCGACAAUGGAACUUCUGUCCACAAAGAAUAGAUUUAUCCCCAACUACAGGUGUGACAUCCAAAACAAUCUGAUAGCAGUCGUUGGAGGACUUGAACCUGAAACUUCCUUCUACAUGGCAACCAUGCUAGGCAUCUACAAUAUUCCACAGAUGGCCCCCAAUGAAGCCCAUCAGUACCUGGGGAUUGUUCAGUUGCUUCUGCAUUUUGAGUGGACAUGGGUUGGAAUUAUCACAGUGGAUGAUGAUAACGGAGAAAGGUUUGUGAGGACCCUGAUUCCAGAGUUUUCCCUGAGUGGCAUCUGCUUUGCUUUCGUAGAAAAGAUUCCUCAAGUAACGUAUCUCGAGCUACAUAUCGCUGAUGUGUUGAUGAAAGGAAGGAGAGUAUAUGAAAUUAUUCGGACCAGUCAAACCAAUGUACUGGUCUGUUUUGGAGAUACAGAGUCUAUUGCAAAACUGAGAAGUUGGAUGUAUCUACCACAUUAUAUAGAAUAUACGGCAACAGAGCCAAAAGGUGAAGUGUGGAUUAUGAGCGCCCAGAUGGAUUUCACGUCCUAUUUUUUCCAAAGGAGUUGGAAUCGACAAGUCUUCCAUGGUGCUCUGUCCCUUGCAAUUCACACAAAUGAACUCCUAGGAUUCCAACGAUUUCUUCAGAGCAGAAAUCCCAUCAGGUCAAAGGAUGAUGGCUUCAUCUGGGACUUUUGGGAACAAGCGUUCUUGUGUCAGUUUUCCGACUCACUAUUAGGGAAGAAGUUUGAUGACAACUGCACUGGGGAGGAGAAGCUGGAUAACCUUCCCAGAGAUGUUUUUGAAAUGAGCAUGACUGGCCACAGCUACAGUAUCUACAAUGCUGUCUAUGUGGUGGCACAUGCAUUACAUGCCAUGUAUCCAUCUCUUGACAAACACAGAAGGCUGUCGAGUGGAAAGAGGCAAAAGCCUCCAGAACAACAGCCAUGGCAGCUCCACUACUUUCUGAGAAGUGUCAGCUUUAACAACAAUGCUGGGGAGACGGUUUCCUUUGAUCCCAAUGGAGAAUUAGUAACUGUAUUUGACAUUAUCAACUGGGUUGCUUUCCCAAACCAAUCCUUCCGUAAAGUGAAAGUUGGGAGGAUAGAUGCCAAGGCCGCUCCGUGCCAAGCAUUCUCCAUUAAUGAAGAUGCCAUCACAUGGCACAGCAGAUUUAACCAGGCACUGCCCACUUCUCUGUGUUCUGACUACUGCCCUCCAGGAUUUAGCAAACGAAGGAGAGAGGGGGAGCCAUUUUGCUGCUAUGACCGCAAUCCAUGCCCUGAAGGGAAGAUUUCCAAUCAGAAGAAUAUGGAUGACUGUGUCACUUGCAGUCUGGAAUUCUACUCCAAUGCAAAUCAAACUCUGUGCAUUCCAAAGGUCAUAACCUUCUUGUCUUAUGAAGAACCUUUAGGCAUUUCCUUAGUCAUUGUCACUGUUUCUUUUUCUUUGACCACAGCAUUUGUUCUAGCCACCUUUAUGGAGCAUCGUGACACACCCAUAGUCAAAGCCAACAACCGGAACCUCACCUACACUCUCCUCACCUCCCUCUUGCUCUGUUUUCUUUCUUCGUUGCUAUUCAUUGGUCGACCUGGGGAGGUGACUUGUCUCCUCCGACAAACUGUUUUUGGCAUCAUCUUCUCAGGGGCCAUUUCUUGUGUGUUGGCAAAAACCAUCACAGUGGUUUUGGCGUUUGUGGCUACCAAGCCAGGAAGCAGAAUAAAGAAAUGGGUGGGGAAGAGAUUGGCCCACUCUCUUGUUCUUUCCUGCUCCCUUAUCCAAGGAGGUAUUUGUGCUGUGUGGCUGGCAACCUCUCCUCCAUUUCCAGAUCUUGACAUGAACUCAAAGACUGAAGAAAUUAUAGUAGAAUGCAAUGAAGCCUCGCCUACCAUGUUUUACUGUGUUUUGGGCUAUCUAGGCUUCCUGGCCAUGGUCAGCUUCAAGGUGGCUUUCCUUGCCAGGAAGUUACCUGACAGUUUCAACGAAGCCAAGUUUAUCACAUUCAGCAUGUUGAUGUUUUGCAGUGUUUGGCUGUCCUUUGUUCCAACCUACCUUAGCACCAAAGGAAAAUCGAUGGUAGCUGUGGAGAUCUUCUCCAUCUUAGCAUCUGCGGGUGGCUUGCUGGCUUGCAUCUUUUUCCCCAAAUGCUAUAUGAUCUUGCUGAUGCCUGAGCUGAGCAAGAGGGAACACUUCAUUCGGAGAAAAACAUAG